AUGGCUUCGGAAACAGCAAGAAUAAGAGCACGCCACCAGUCACUGCAGAGAAGGAGGAAGGGACUGAAGAAGGCCGACGAGCUUGCAGUCUACUGCGGCGUCGACCUGUGCAUCAUAUCUUACGGUCCCGAGGACGAUCGGCCUGACGCAUGGCCGGAGAAUCCAUCGACGGUGAGGAGAGUCAUAAGGCGCUUCGACGAGGCCCGGAAAGCCGGGAAGAUCAAGGAAAUGGUCGGCGUCGGGCUUCGAGAUUGCCGGAAGCAAGAGAACCCACUUGCUUCUACCUACAGUUCAUGGUGUGCCGUACUGGAUGAGUGCCAAGAAGAGGAGUCGAACGAGCUGGUAAAUAAGCUGGACGACUGCUUUUGA